AUGUCGUCCCCAGAGGCAACAGUUGAAGUCAACCCAGCCAGAGUGAAGAAACGGUCGACUGCUACUGCGGCAGCGAGCCAGAAUGGGCCACAACAAAGUCAAUCGUUCUUCUUUGUUGACCCUGCUUCCUCGACCCGGGAGAAACGUGCACAUGUGAUGCGGCAUCAUAUCCAGGCAAAGAGAAAGCAAAAUAUGCUAGCAAGUCACGCAGACCGGCACUCUCGUCGCGAACCUCGAGUGUAUCCUUGGAUGAAGAAGUCGAACGCCAAUAGUGGUGCGAAUGAGUCAAAGCCUUUACGUGGGGUGAUUACAACGAAGUCUACAUUCUACAAAACCGAAGAGAUCAGUAACGCAGUCGCUCCUCUUACAGAUUCAUUGACUGGACUCCGAAAUGACCCCUUCGCAACACUGGCGUUUGAUGCCAGCGUACCGUGGGCCGAAGAACACUUGACCGACAUGUGGAUUUCUCGACUCACAUAUUGGUCUGGCCAAAAUUCACAUAUGAAGAACAGAAUAUUUCAGGAAGCGAUGCGCAAUCGGACUACAUUUGAGGCAGUGGUUUUGGGCUACUGUGCUCGUUUAGAAUUUAAACUAGCUCCUGCACGAGAGGACGGAUACAAGGAUAGCUCGAGGGUUCAUUUCUACGAAUCCCGAGUUCGACAGGCGUUGACAACCAAGCGACCAUACCGCAGUACCGAACCUUUUGACGAAGAAAGUCUUUCUCUGACGCUGACUGGACUGGCGCUCCAAGAGGAAAGGUUUGGUGACAAGGAGAGGGCAUGCGAAUAUGCCCAACAAGCCAAAGAAUUGCAACUGUAUCACCAACGGCAGUCUAUCAACGCUGUGAAUGCAGCCAACGCAGCCUCUCGACCCUUUCUCCUCUACGUUCUCGGCACGAUGGAUCCACGCUCAUCGACAGUUACAUCAGAUGAGAUGGCCCAAAUGGUGGAUUUCUUGCAGGUGGCGCAUCAGGCAAUGACGGCAGACAAUGAUGAGAAUUACUUGAAGGAAGUGCCUAAACGGUCGGCAACCUUCCAGUUUGACAGUCCUCUAUUUCAGAUACUGUCGAGCGGACCUCGACCCAGCCAAGUCCCUCUCGAGAAUCGAGACUUUGUCGUGAAUGUGAACAGACCAACAACCGAGUGGGCUCGCACUGCGGCGCUUAUCUACAUUGUACUGGCAUUGAGUGAAUUCCGACAACAAAAGAGUAAAGUGGUGCGCUUUCUUGAUCACUUGCUUCGAAUCAUCGCAGACUACAGCUUGGAUCGCAACCCGGCAUGCGAAUCAUUCAUGUACUUCCUGCUCGAAGAGAGCUUUGAUUCCGAUUUGAGGCAACCCGAUCGAGCCUGGCGGACCAACGACCUGCUGCAGAUUCACAAGCGGCUACCAUUUGAGCUGCAAUUUCGGUUUAAUGAGAUGCUUCUGGGAUAUUUGAUGUUGUUACCCCCGGUUACGACGGUGGAGGCGUUUGAAAAGGGUUUACAGGAGAUGAAGCAUAAAGCUCGCUAA